GACUAGCGGUCUCCGUAGGACACAGUAUUACUGCCGGGUCAAAGGCCGAAGGGUUGCUUCCGAUCAAGAUGGCGGCUACUAAGCGUGUUCUUUAUGUCGGCGGGCUCGCGGAGGAGGUGGAUGAGAAGGUCCUGCAUGCGGCAUUUAUCCCGUUUGGAGAUAUCACAGACAUCCAGAUACCCCUCGAUUAUGAGACAGAAAAGCACAGAGGGUUCGCCUUCAUCGAGUUUGAAUCGGCAGAGGAUGCCGCUGCAGCCAUCGAUAACAUGAAUGAGUCUGAACUCUUUGGCAGAACAAUCAGAGUGAACAUCGCUAAGCCCAUGAGGAUAAAGGAAGGUUCUUCUCGGCCAGUAUGGUCAGAUGAUGAUUGGCUGAAGAAGUUCUCUGGGAAGACCGCAGAGGAAGCCGAGGGGGCGGAGCCAGCUGGGGAAGAUGUCAGCAAGGAAACACAGGAGGGAGAGCCCCCUGCUAAGAAGGGCAGGACCAACCCCCAAGUCUACAUGGACAUCAAAAUUGGCAACAAGCCAGCGGGCCGACUACGCUUCCUCCUCCGAGCUGACGUCGUUCCCAUGACCGCUGAGAACUUCCGUUGUCUGUGUACCCAUGAGAAGGGCUUUGGCUACAAGGGCAGCAGCUUUCACCGCAUCAUCCCGCAGUUCAUGUGCCAAGGCGGAGACUUCACCAACCAUAACGGCACUGGGGGCAAAUCCAUCUACGGCCGCAAGUUCGACGAUGAGAACUUUGUUCUCAAACAUACUGGUCCAGGCCAGCUCUCCAUGGCCAACUCAGGCCCCAACACCAAUGGCUCACAGUUCUUCCUCACCUGCGACAAGACGGACUGGCUGGACGGGAAGCAUGUGGUGUUUGGAGAGUUGAUGGAGGGUCAGGAGGUGCUGCGAGCCAUGGAGGUAAGCGGGGUUACAUUCCCUUGCGGGCGGCACCGUCCGCCACCUCGCUCCUUGGUCCUUUCACUAGUCCAGUGUUUCUCAUCCCGGCCCUCGGGGAUAACCAGACAGUCCACAUUUAUGCUCCUCCCCAGACAGUCCACAUUUAUGCUCCCCCCCAGACA